AUGCCGGUCACAAAACACGACAAACUCUCAUCCUAUUUCAUGCAGCACUUGGGGCUCAAGGUCCUACCUAUGGCUUGCAAGCGAAGAUCGGCGGCUCUGUCGCAUCCUGUCUUCCUGUCGCAGUAUGUCCCUGUGAAGCCACGGGAAGCAGUGCCCGCACACGUCCUCCUUAUGGCAUACAAGACAGACAUGCAAAUCCAAGAGACAUACUUCAUCAAAGCAUUCAGGAUUCUCCACGCGCUAUACCAGGGCCAGCCGGCGUCUGUGUUCACCAACAUUACGGCGCUGAGCCAAGAGGUGCUUUCGCAGCCCAUCCGAAGUCUCCCGUCUCCGAGCCACUGCUUUACGCGUGAGCUUCUGCUUCAUAUCGACGAUCUGUUGGGCCAGUACCACAGAAUCGUGCAUGACUGGAGCACGGUGAACCUGGAGGCCGACCUGGAUCUUUUGGCCAGCGCCGACACGAUCUACAAGGCCGACAGCAAGUGCAGGGAGCGGCUCACAAUGCCAGCCCAGAUGCCGCGCGUGCUCGAGCUGAUAGCCGUCAACGCACCAAUCGAGCAGAUCUACAAAGUCUGGCGAUCCGACAUUAUUACGAGCAUCCACAUUGUCAAAAGCAACGUCAAGGUUCUUGAAAGCAUGCUAUCGGAGAGCAUGCAGCUCGAGACGUCGCUGCGUAAACGGUUCAAAGACGCCGACACAUUCAAACUCGUGGUCAAGGGGCUCGGAAUCUACGACUGCUUGAGCUCGGAGCUCGCACACAUCUUUUCCGACCACCUUAGUAUCGCCCGAGGAGUAUCGAUGGUCUUCAGAAUCGCGGCUGCACAAACAGACCACCCGGAUGAUGUGGUAGCCGAUGGAGAGUUUGUACUGGAGUCGGGGCUGGGGUUAUCUAUGCUGGCAGCCGCCUUUGGUCUGGUGUUUCUGCAUUGA